AUGGAGAAGUCCACUAGUAUCCUGUCCGACAAUGAUCGCAAGGUGUCUGAGGCGGAGGUUGCCGCUCCCAAGCCGAUCGUGCUCAACCCGGAGCUGGCAGAGGACCCAGACGAGGGCCUCAGUGAGGAGGAACGAGCCAAGAUUGAUCGACAGCUGCUUUGGAAGCUGGAUCUCAGGCUGAUCCCGUGGCUGUCGCUGCUCUACCUGGCUGCCUUCCUGGACCGCACCAAUAUAGGCAAUGCCAAAAUCGAAGGCCUGCAGCAGGCCCUCAAGAUGACCAACUCGCAAUACAAUGAUACUCUGACCAUUUUCUUCAUAUCGUAUUCCGUCUUCGAACCGCUGACAAACGUCCUGCUGAAGCGGACGCGCCCGAGUAUCUUCAUUCCCUCGAUCAUCAUCCUCUGGGGCAUCUGCAUGACCACCAUGGGUCUUGUGCAUAAUUUCUCCGGCCUCAUGGCCGCACGCUGGUUCCUGGGCUUGGCCGAAGCUGGCCUGUUCCCCGGGAUUAGCUACUUUCUGUCCUGCUGGUAUAGGCGGUCGGAGUUUGGGAUCCGGAUGGCCAUCUUCUUUUCCGCCGCGGCGCUGGCCGGAUCAUUCGGUGGUCUGCUCGCAGCAGCCAUUUCCGACAUGAACGGCAUCGGCGGCAAGGCGGGAUGGGCCUGGAUUUUCAUCCUCGAGGGUCUUGCGACGAUAGUGCUGGGUGUGAUCUCGUUCUGGACGGUGUACGACUUCCCUGACAAUGCCACGUUCCUCUCCGAAGCGGACCGGAAGCGCGUCAUCCGGCGGUUGGCGCUGGACAAGCAAGCCAGCGCGGAGCACGAGGAGUGGAAGAUGUCCUACUUUUGGGCCAGUGUCAAGGACUGGAAGACCUGGCUGGGAGCGAUUAUCUACAUGGGGGCUGACAUGCCUCUGUACGCGUUCUCGCUCUUCAUCCCGACUAUCAUCAAUGAACUGCUCCUCAGCGUGCCACCCUACGCUGCUGCCGCCUUGAUGACCGUCACGAUCGGGUACAUUGCCGAUCGGACGCGCAUGCGUGGCCUGUGCAACAUCAUCAUGUCGACCAUCGGCGUCGUGGGCUUUGCGAUGCUGAUCGGUGCAAAGACGGCCGGCACGCGGUACGCAGGGACCUUCCUGGGGGCGAUAGGCAUCUAUCCUUGCAUCGCGAACACGAUUUCCUGGAUGGGUAACAACGUGGAGGGAGUCUACAAGCGUGGCGUCUCCCUCGGUAUCAUGAUCGGCUGGGGCAACCUGAACGGCAUCGUCUCGUCGAACAUCUACCGCGGCCAGGACGCGCCCAACUUUUUCCCCGGCCAUGGCACCGUCCUUGCGUAUCUGGCCCUGUUCCUGCUCGGAGGGUCCAUCCUGCAGCACAUCCUGCUGCGGAUCGAGAACCGCAAGCGGCGGCUCGGCCAGCGGGACUCGUGGAUCGAAGGGCUGGACGCAAGGCAGAUUGAGGAGCUGGGCGACAAGAGACCGGAUUUCUUCUACACCUUGUAG